AUGGCGUCAAACGACCCUGAGCUGGUCUUCGUUCAUACUGUUGCAUUACCACCGACUUCACGCUCGCUCUCACCACUGUCCGAGCUGGAAGGAGAUAUACCUGUGCCGCCACCCGAACCCCUUGCUUCUGGUUCUGAAUCUCGUCCAACAACUUCUCCCUACGCGCUGCGCACUCGUCGUAUUGCUAACGACGAAGAGGUUUUGCCGGCAGUCUCUCAACCCAAACUGCAUGAAUUUCGCGGCACUGUUGACACUGUGAAUUGCGAAUGGAACGACUGUGGCAUUGUAUUCGGACAUCUCCCAACAUUCAUUGACCAUAUCCAAAACAGUAAACUCAUAUUGGCUCCAACAAAUCGUCUUAUACUUGCGAAUGGGCGAGCUCUCAUGUGCGGUCUCAUACCGGAGAAAGGCCAUACGUUUGCUCCCAUGCAGAAUGCGACAAGGCAUUUGCACGCUCUGACGCUCUUGCAAAGCCACAUGCGGCAGCAACACGGAGUCGCAGCGUCCCUCCCAGGCCGUUCCAAUAAACGCAAGCGUGCAAUGGAAGAGCUCGAAAUGCAACCUGUCCAACCUACCUCCGAACCAGCCACAACUACCGCAUCUCAAGUCACAAAAAAACCACGUCGAGGUGGGAUGCGGAAACCCAAGGGACCAGUACUUGCCCCACCACCACCUCCACCAGCUCCGGUCAAACUUAUUAUCCCACCGCCAAGACAACCUCACGAAUGGGAUUAUGAGUCUGAACCUGAACGUCCGUAUUCACCUAAGUCUCCCACCACGCCCCCUCGUCUAGAAGAAGACAACGAAGAUGAUGACUUGAGAUUUUCUAUCGAAAACCUUCCACCACACAUUAGAGCCCGUGUUGACCCUGUCGAUGGUCAAAUUGAUGGGCAGUACUCUGCUCCCAAAGUCAUGUAUCUGAUUCUCAAAGCCAAACAUCGAUAUGCGCUACAACACCAAGAACAACUUAAAUCCGAACUCAAUUCGAUACGAGACGAGCUCAGGUAUUAUAAAAGCGAGAAGGAGAUAGCACUUAACAACUUGAUGCGUGGAUACAUCGGUCCGAGAUCUGAAAUCCUCAUUGAGCCCAUCUAUAUCCCGGAACCAGUUCAAAGACCCCCUUCCCCACCACCGAAAGAAACUAAUGACAUCACGGAAGCCAUCCCUACAGUUGCGGCGCCACCACUCGACCCGCAAACAAAUAAACCUUAUCGAAUCAGACUAAUACCACCAAAGGCUCAAUAG